AUGGAAUCGGUGAAGCAGACCGUGCGCUCGACGUCAACAUGCUCGGCGGCCACCGUGUUGUCGCUCCAAACACUCUUCCGGAGCGCAGGGGAGGUUGAGGCCGUGAAGAAGUCUGCACGAGCCACGAAAUCUACACUUACAAGUACGACGACUUCGUCGCGGGCGAAAACUAGCCGGACGAGAACGACGAGUACGAGCACGAGCACGGCGAGAUCGAAGACGCCUAGCCAGGAUACAACGAGCCUUGCGGACGCGCGGUUAUCAAAUCAGGAGAAACUGGUCCUUGCUACGGAGGUGUUUAAUACGACGCUGAAGACACUUUCCGACGCGGUGAAGUCAGUCACGUCACUUUCGAAGGAGAAGAGGGAGUCCAGUCCGGCGAAACGCACAACUACGAAAGGACGGACGAAGACGAGUCAGCCCGACACAGCGGACAGCGAUAAUGGUGUAUCUGCGGUAGCGGAAUGUGCACGGUUAUCACUCUCGUGCCUGCGAAUGCUGAAAACGGACAGCGCAGUGGAGGGAGGAUUGCCGAAUCUGCAGCUUGAACAGGGCGCUUGCGUGCUGGCAGGCAGGCUCCUGGCUCUCGGGCUGCAUGAAACCGCGUAUAAGGAGUUGAGGGGCCUUAAGAGGAGGAUUCAGAGUUAUCUGGAUGGGCUACCGAGUGGGAGGAAAAGGACAGGAAAAGGGGAUGCUGCGGAUGGGGAGGAGGAAGCGAAGGAGCGGAUGUCGGAUCUUCUGUCGUUUUCGAAUGUUGCGAGUGCUCGCUCGGUGUAUGGCUUGCUGGUCUCGUUCCAGUCGAAUGCGCUGCGUCUUAUUGCUGCGGAGAAACGACCGGCUACGGUGCAGAAACUCGUGCCUUCACUGCAGCUAGCGGAUGAGAGUAGUCCGGCGAAUGUUAUAAUGGCGGCCAUUGAGUCGGGUGCGCUCACCAAGGAUAAGGCGGCGGUUCAACUUCAGCUUUUGUCCAGUACGAUUCUAUCUCUAGCGGCCUGCGGUGCCUGCACGACGAAGGAGCGGCUGAGGCCGGUUACGAUACUCACUCUACAACUACUAUCGCUCGAAAUUCGAUGCAUGUCCUGGAAGCUAUCUGGCCAUGCCUGUGAGGACAACAAGGAGAUGUGGGAUCCGCUGGCAAGGUACAUCGGAGCUUUUGCGCAGGCCACUAAGAGCAUUGAGAAAAUCGAAUUCGCAUCCAUCUACAAGAACAUCGUCCGACUACAGUCAGCAUUCGCGAAGACGCAGAACCGUACUCCGAGAUCCACGGAUAACCUAUCAGUAGCCCGAAUCGCUACUAUACUGGGACAGCUCGCCCAGGAUGCCGGAUGCUUCGAUGAAGCCUUGCAACUCUUUACAGAAUCACUCAACCCCCUCUCAAGCGGUCAGUGCCUUGGUCUGGCGACUGUCCGAUGCAAGAUUGCUGCCUUAUAUUUUCAGACCGCCAAGUCAUCCGCGAAAUUGCCCUGUGAUAUCUCAGAUGCUGUUACUGACGCGACGACUGCUCUCAGCCUACCGCUAAAAGGGAGCACUCAUGAUUUGGACGAAUUGCUAGUGCAGGCGGCUAAACUGAAAAAGCUCGCCAUGGGUUGGUUUGGGGAUCUACUAUCCAAAGAACAGGGCUCAGUAUCCGAAAACGCCACCUUCCCACGAGUCUGCGAAUAUCUCAACGGUUUUAUACGCUUCUUGCGCCGGUAUAUCGGACGCCGACCCGCGGACGACGAACUGAACGACCAAAUAACAUUUCAGAAACGAAUUGAGGCGGCACAGAGCAUCAUACUCGCCGCGGUGGACUCGGCCGUAGCGAUCGGAAAGUUGUCUGUCAUGUCCCAACGUCCGCCAUGGGAUGAGAUAGUCCCUACGUUACUUGAUUCCCAGCGCAUUCUUACGACGAUUGAGUCUUUCGACGAGGCUGACACGGCUGCUGCCGACUCCAUUGGCCUGGCAUUGGUGAAGCUCUCGAAUCUGUUCUGGUCGCGAUAUCUAAAAGAAAAGGAGGCUGGGAAGAGCGCCCGCGAACUCCUGCCACUGUUGAAGCAAUCUGCCAAUCUGCUCUCUGGGUGCGCGCCUUCUCAGCGGGCGACUGGUUUCGCGCCGCUCAAAUACGAGCGCCUCGCGCAUACAUAUGUCGAAGCCGGUAUAGUUUCUGAGGCCGAGAUCGCGUUUUGUCAGGCUAUCAGCGAUCAUAUUACCGCGGGCGCGCUGGAUAACAUUACCUCCUCCACAGAGGGAUUUUUUCCUUAUCAGAUGAACCAAGAUCCGAAGAGAAGUGGAUUUACACUUGGUCGCGUGCUUUCUGCGUACUUGAAGGUGAAGUUGCGGAACAGAAGGUCCGUAGCGGACGAGAUCUUCGAUGAUGAGACGCUUACAUCGGUUGAACGAGGUCAUAUUCUGGAGAGGCAGCUGGGCAUAUUGACUGAGAUACACAGCACCGCAAACAAAGUUGACAUUUUUCAAUCUGUCUUUUCAGAAGUCGUGGCAAGGCUGCUAGAAGUGUACCCAGUUGAGCAGCACCCGCUUCGCCGACUGCGCGUUGUGCUCUGUGGACUACGAUUUGCGUUGGAACAGCCGGGAUGCUUGGAUUCGUCACUGCUCCAGCAAUUUGUGGAGGAGGGGCGGAAAGGGUUGGAUAACGACGAUUACCAGGGAGACGACGAUAUCAAGUCUGUGGCUGCCUACCUCAAGAACUCGGUUCGCCUCACACUUAGCCUCCAGCAAGGCAGCCUAGGAUCCGAAGAGCUUGAAUUGAUCGUCUCAACCUGGUCCUCAAUUGUUCGUUUCUGUCGAGAUCUGAACUCGCUUGUUUCGUGCGUCGGCAACGUCGAGUACUUUCUUCUUCAGAUGAAAGCCGUUGUUGAUUACACCGAAAUCCACGGGCUGUGGAAAUUUCAGCUGGCUACACUCGAACUGGUGCUCUGCGUGACUGAGCUACACGGAGCUGGAACAUUCUCGGAGGCCAUAAUCGUCCUUUCUCGGCUUGUUCUUCAAUACUGCCGCCUCGGAUCGUGCACAAAAGCCCGAUCUCUCCUGAACCGGGCAGAUAGUUAUAUUGUCAACCAUGAAGUCUCCUGCCUGGCGCGACUGUCGUAUGAACUGGCUCGCGUGGGAUUCCUUCUCGAGACAGGUGACAAUCAAAAGGCGGCGAGUAUUCUUUCGGCGGCUAGGAUGCUCUACGAGAAGCACCAGUCAACCGAGGACUUGAACGCUUGCUCGGUAUUGACCAAGAUUGCAUGGGAACGACUAGUCGCCGAUGCUGCAUUCAUGAGCUCACGCCUUUCUUUUGUGCAAGGCUCUAUCAAGGACGCUCUAUACUUCGCCAAGUUGUCGGUCCGAUUGAACUGCAGGAUUUGGGCCAAGGUGGAGAAGCUUGCCCAGAAGAAGCAGGAAAAGACUGUGACCGGUGACAGCUCUGAACUUGAGAUUGUCGUCGAGGGAAUGGCGAAGCUUGAGGUGUCGCGAACGUCAUCAACUUACUCUCAAGGAGCCCCGUUCUGGCCGCAUAUCGGCUCGCAUCACAGCUCGUUGCUCCAUCUCGCAAACUUGUCUGCACACCAUGGUUUAUUUCAAGACGCCAUUUACUACGGAGAGCAGGCGCUGAAGAUCAACAAGUCACUGAAUGCCAACGUUCGCCUGAUUGCCUCCCAAGCGCAUCUCGGCUCUCACUGGAUUCUUGGUGGCCAUAUCCCCGAGGGUCAAAAGCUCCUCGCAUCUGCCAAGGAACUAUCUGAGCAGCUGGAGAGCAGUAUUGAGCUUGUCUCGCUACGGUUGAGCCUGGCUGCUCUCCAGAGGGUCAAGGGAGAUUACCGCAACGAGUACCGCACCCUUCGAGAAGCCGAGAAACUGCUGAGUGGUCUGUUUGAGGAGCAUGAGAAGACUAGUGCCCCUGAACUGGAGGACAAGAUGGACAAACUACGUAUCCGACCAAAGAGCGGAUCGACGAGACAGACCACGGCAACGGCAACGAGAAGGACCCGCAGCGCAACGACUUCCACUUCAACUUCCACAUCCGCACGAAGCACACCGAAGCCGCCAUCGAGCGCGGAAACGACAAUUGGUUCGAGCACGCUACUCGACGUAAAAAGCGAGAUUCUUCGGCAGCAGGCUGCAUCUUUACGAGCACAGCGUGAGUUUGAGAAAGCCUCGAAUUUGUUAAGCGACGCUCGAAAAUUUGCGGUGACUAGGGAUAGCAAGAUCUCGGUGCAUAUUGGGGAGAGUGAGCACCUGCUUGCGGACGCGAUUCGCAACUUUGCCAACCAUGCAGUAUACUGCGUUCUUCCCGAAUCGACCAUCUCAUUACCCUCAUUGCAACCCAAGGCCGUGACUGAAGUGCCCAGCAAAUCCACGACACGCAGAACCAGAGCGCCUACCCGCGGAACACGCUCCAAGCCUCAGCCGACAACAGAAGACUUCUCCGUCAUGCUAUCCAAGGCGGGCGACUGCUUGAACGAUAUUUUUCACACUGCUACCCACCUCGGAUCUACUCUUGACAGUCACUCCGCGUCACGCCUGAUGAGCCGCAUUUCGAUGCUGUCUCACGUCACUGCGUCGCAGAACCAGGUUUCAUGGUCACAGUCUCCAGCGAAUAUGAACGAAAUUGGCCGCAUUGGCGCGUUCGCGAGAGAGCGCGCCGCUAUCCGAAUCGACAAGGAGCUGGCCGACUACUGCGACCCGCUGCUGUGGCCGCGUUCCAAAUUGGAGUCUGACGACGUGGGGUCUGACUUUAUCGCAGACUAUGUCGACAUACUUCCCGAGAAUUGGAAUGUUCUGUCUUUGUCGCUGAGCGCAGAUCAAACUGAGUUUGUCGUGUCGCGACUGCACCAAGGCCGCUCUCCAUUCUUACUGCGGCUGCCUCUCAGGCGCGGCAACUCGGAAGAUGAGGAGGAGCAGUUUACGUUUGAGGACGGGCGAGACGAAAUGAAGGAGCUGAUCCGGCUGGCCAAUGAAAGCGCCCAUGCUGCCAAGUUGCAGGUCGACAGGCAGAUGAAGAAGGAGUGGUGGAAGAACCGCGAAGCCCUCGACCGCAGAAUGGAGAACCUGUUGCAGAACAUCGAGAACGUCUGGUUUGGAGGCUUCAGGGGGAUCUUCUCCCCCAUCCCGCAUGGCGCGAAGUCGCUCGCACGAUUUGCGAGCUCCUUUGAGAACAUCCUCGACAAGCACCUCCCCUCCAGACAGAAGGGGCGUCGGGCGGAGGGGCCAAAGCUGACGCUGCAUCCGAACGUGCUGGAGUUGUUCGUUGGAGUUAAGGAUUUGGAUGAGCAGGAAGACCCCGAGGAUGCCUUGAUGGAUCUUCUCUACUUUGUUGUUGAUAUCCUGCAGUUCCAGGGUGAGCGCAAUGCUUACGAUGAGGUCGACUUCGACAUGAUGGUCGUCGAGACGCUGGAUGCCGUACGGGCUUAUCAUGAGGCCGCCAGCGAGGAGGCCAAGCAGCGACCGAACAACACCGUGCUGGUCCUGGACAAGUCUCUGCAUAUGUUCCCGUGGGAGUCGCUGCCCUGUCUACAAGGUCUACCGGUUUGUCGCGUGCCGUCUCUGGAGUGUCUGCGUGAUCGUGUUCUGCAGUUCCGCGCCCAGGAAAAGAAUAGUCUCGGCAUCGCUCGACGCAACGGCACCUAUAUUCUUAACCCCACUGGUGAUCUACAGACGACGCAAGGGACGUUUGAGAAGGACCUAUCUAGCCUCAAAGGCUGGACUGGCGUUGUGAACCGCCAACCGACCGAAGACGAGUUCAAGGACAGCCUCGAGUCGAAGGACCUCUUCCUCUACUUCGGCCACGGAAGCGGCGCACAAUACAUCCGCGGCCGAACCGUCAAACGGCUCGACCGAUGCGCCGUGGCCUUCCUCAUGGGCUGCAGCAGCGGCGCUCUUACAGAAGCCGGCGAGUACGAGCCGUACGGCACGCCGAUGAACUACCUGCAGGCGGGAGCUCCCGCGCUGGUGGCUACGCUGUGGGACGUCACGGAUAAAGACAUUGAUCGAUUUGCCAAGGCGACAUUUGAGCAUUGGGGGCUAAUUGGAGAACGAGGAGAAGUUGGAGACGCCCCUGUGGCUCUGGACGCGGCAGUUUCGCAGUCGCGAGGAGCAUGUGUGUUGAAGUAUUUGAAUGGCGCUGCGCCGGUUUAG